AUGUCGAUACCGGAAGGAGCAUUGUCGUCGGACGCCGGCGACCUGGAUUUUGGUCAGGAGGUAACGCUUGGUGACAAGCUUAAAGCCUUCAAAUCAUCUGGUUUCGAUCAGGAAAGUUAUGUAUCUGCCAAAUGCCGCACAACCAGCGAAAAGGAAAUAAAGCACUUGGUGACUUGUCUUCUAGAUCUAAAGAAGGCCUCAGCAGAAGAAAUGAGGAAAAGUGUGUACGCUAAUUAUCCUUCCUUUAUUCGAGUAUCAAGAGAAAUUUCAGAUCUUGAAGGGCAACUAGUAGCAUUAAGGAAUCUUCUAUCUAAUCGUGCAGCCAUCAUCCAUACUCUAGCCGAAGGUACACGAACUGACUCCAUGUCAUCGGGUCCCGGUUCAAGAAAAAAGGGUAGUUUUGACUUUGAACAUAGAGAACCCACAAAAAUGGAACUUUGGUUAUCACAAUACAUAGACAACCUAAACAUUUUACUAGCAGAAAGACGAGUAGACGAAGCUUUAGCUGCCCUUGAUGAAGGUGAACGUGUAGCAAAAGAAGAAAAAUCAAACGACUCAAUGACACCCAUCAUGCUCGCUUCAUUACAAGCUACUAUAACCGAACAAAGACAAAAACUAGCUGAUCGACUCGCUGAGUCAGCGUGUCAACCUUCUUCUAGUGGAAAGGAACUCCGAUCAUCCGUUGAAAUAAUCAAAAAAAUCGGCGAUGGCCCACGUGCACAUACGCUUCUUCUCAACUCACACCACCAAAAGCUACAAUCCAAAAUUCAAGGUCUUCAAACCUCGGGUUCAACUUAUGGAGUGGCUUACACUGCUGCCCUUUCACAACUUGUGUUUUCAAUCAUAGCUCAAGCAUCAAGCGAUUCGUUGGCUAUAUUUGGUGAUCAACCGUUGUACACGUCUGAAUUAGUGACAUGGUCUGUGAAGCAAACGAAUACUUUCGCGAAUUUAAUGAAGAGACAUGUGAUUGCUUCACCUUCGGCUUCAGGGGGACUAAGGACAGUGGCUGAAUGCGUUCAGAUUUCAAUGGGACAUUGUUAUUUGUUGGAAGCUCGAGGGUUGGCAUUGGCGCCUGUUCUUUUGAGACAUUUUAGACCGUGUGUUGACAAAGCUUUGAAUGCUAACUUGAAAAGAAUUGAGACGAGUACUGCUGCCAUAGCGGCUGCAGAUGAUUGGUUGCUAAGUUAUCCGCCUAUUGGCACGUGCUCUUUGGGUACUCCGCCUACUCUUGGCAGUUCGAUUGUGUCUCAGCCGAAGCUUUCAAGUAGCGCGCAUCGGUUUAAUCUUAUGGUUCAGGAAAUGUGCGAGGAUAUUGGACUCCUGAGAUCAUCAACAUUCUCCAAUCAAGCAAAAGAAGGUUUACAUCAAGUAUUUAGUUCAUACAUCACCAUGCUAGUAAAUGCAUUGCCUGGUUCAUCAGAGACUGAGAAUUUGGAGGGUAGAAUUGUGAAUACAGCAGAGAAUGAUACCCAACAGAUAGCCUUGCUAGCUAAUGCACUAUUCUUAGCAGAAGAGUUACUCCCACGAGCAGCAUUGAAGCUAAUGCCUUUACAACAAUGUCUUCCCACUGAUACUCCUAGGAGGAAUUCAGACAAACAAUUAAGAACUCCAGAAACAAGAGAAUUGAAGAAACGACUUCAGAGAUACGUUGAUCAGUUGAGAGAUAGCUUUUGUAGAAAACAUGCCCUUGAUCUUAUUUUUUCAGAAGACGGAGGUGCUCGUCUUAAUGCACCUAUGUAUUUUAGUAUGGAUGAGAAUUCAGAAGAGCCAGAAUGGUUCCCAUCUCCGAUAUUUCAAGAACUGUUUGCUAAAUUAUAUAGUUUCGCACGCUUAGCAUCGGACAUGUUUGUGGGAAGAGAAAGAUUUUCCACUCUACUUUUAAUCAGACUAACAGAAACAGUAAUUCUAUGGCUUUCCGAUGAACAAAGUUUUUGGGAAGAAAUCGAACAUGGCCCAAAGCCUUUAGGCCCUUUUGGACUUCGACAGUUUUAUCUAGACUUGCAGUUUGUUAUCCAUUUUGCCUCAGAAGGCCGAUACUUAUCAAGAAACUUGCAUCAAGUUAUCAAGAAUAUAAUUUCAAGAGCUUUAGGAUCAAUUGUUGCUGCUGGUGGAGAUCCCGACAGUAUGGUUCCGGAGGAUGAAUGGUUUACUAAUCAUGCUCAAACUGCGAUUAAAAAGUUGACUGGAAAUGCAACGCCAGAAAAUAAAGAUGUUACUAGUCCCACAGUUGACACGUCAGAAGGAGCUCUGCCUUCAAUUGAAGAGUAA